AUGGCAUUAACAAUACCUUUAAACAAAACAACAAGUUUAUCGAAUAAAGAAAUAUUUGGCCAGUUUGUUAAUCUGAAUGCAUCAUCAACACUUCAAGUUGGUUUUGUAAAUGUUACAAAAUCAAUAUCAUUUAUAAUAUUUCAAGUACAUAGUCAUCAUUACAAUGUCACUGUAUAUAAUAAUACAUUAACAAGAAGUUCAUCUGUAUAUGGAACAAAUAUUGGAAUGUAUAGCAGUGUGAAACCACCAUUGGACAAGUUUUACAUUUCCAAUCAAAAUGCUGUUGAUAUAAAACUGUAUAUUGUUGUACAUGGAUAUGCAAGUACAGAUCCUGUACCCGGAGGUUGUAAUAUGGAGUUCCAACCAUCAAUAUCUCCAUACUUACAUACAUCAUACACAAAUGACUAUGUCUUAGUAGAAGCGGCUUCAGCAAGAGAUUCCUCUGACAUCGCUUGUACAUCUAUAAAUGAUGUCAAUGUGGUAUUUUAUUUGAUGUACUUAGAAGAGAGGAAUUUUGACUCGGAUACUUAUUUCGAAGGGAUAAAGAGCAUGUUAACUUUAGAUAAUAUUACGGAUAAUGCUGAAAUAGUACCUCAAACGACGUGGAGGAUGCGUCGCAUGCUGGGUGCGUACCCCGGUACCGGCGCCAUAUUCGUGGCUGUCGCGUACAGUGCGCUAAACAGUAGUGCAUAUUCCGUGUACGUACCUACAUAUAGCUACGCUUGCUCACCGCUCGACGAAAGCUGCGAGCUGCUUGACGAUGUUCUCUCUCAGUUGCUAUGUGCCUCUCUACUGUUCUUCGGUAUGUUCGUAUGUUACUUCGGACACCGGUUCUUUAAGACUGAGAUGUUUCUAAUCGGCCUGGUCAGUGGUGUGAUUAUCACUUACAUACUUAUAUCGUUGAUUGCUGAAUUAGAACGACCUGCUCUCUUAGGCGCUGCUAUAUUAUCAGGGACUUGUUUUGGCUUCAUAUGGUUGUUAUUCUGGUGGUUUUAUGGAAUACCUGUCUUUGCUGUUCUAUUGUCUACGCUGAAUUUAGGAUUUCUAUUUGCUGCAUUGAUGUAUUUUGGGCUCCCAGGUGGUUUUCAAGCACUUCAAGUUGACUUUAACUUUUGGACUCUAUUCAUUUUAAUAAUGUCAAUUACAUCUCUAAUCUUGCUCUCUACGACAUUUUUAUCUAACAUCUUGUGCUGUGCCAUACUGGGAGGGUACGCGACUGUGUACCCUAUCGACUACUACAUAGGGUCCAAUUUGAAAUACAUCAUCAUUAACACAGUACGUCGGGCUGUCGUGCCCAAGUUCAAUAGUGCUGUACUUUCGCCACCUUUUCAGUGGGCAGAUACCCUGAUAACGAUACUCUGGUUAUCUCUGGCUACCACCGGGUUCCUCUUCCAACACUACCAGAACAGAAGGAAGCCGCCCUUCCCCCCUCCCCCCAGGAGUAUCAGGCCGAGUGUACCAGAUACCACAUACGGCACUACUGGAAGAAGAUAUCGAGAUAUUUUACAAAGACCAGCCACUUCUGAGCGCAGGCAGACUGAAUAUACUCCAUUGUUAUCGUAAGAAAUCAUUCAAAUAAAUUACACAAAAUUAUCAAAUAAAAAUUGUUUAAUGACACACUUGUAAUGGUAGGUUUAUGUUCAUUUUUUUAUGAAUUAAAAUUUGAGAGCUACAAAAA